UUCCGACGCGAAGUGAACGCAUCAUCAGCGCUCGUCGUUCUGAUCAGUCGAUAAAGACGCCGCAUUUGAUGGCUUUGGAAACUAAUGUUCGUUAACAGCAUCUGCACAGCAGUGCGACACGGAAGCUGACAGAUGUGCUACUGAAUAGCUUUGAACUGUUACCUAUCAUCGCUCUUUACGUGCGAAGCCGCUAUGUUUAGGAAACCUUCGCGUUUCCAUGUCGGAAUUCAGACUUCUUGUGGCUUUCCAGCAUAUUUGUCCCGCAGCAGUAGUGUCUGGCAAUGGUGGCCUCAGUUGGAGGAUUUCACUGUUUCUUUGCUUUGCUAAGCUGUCUGGUUAGCCGUUACCUGAAACAUCUGUUAAAAGCUUACUGAGUGGUCAUGUGAGGCAGAUUUUCACCUGUACAAAGUCCCUCUGAGGUUUGCAUUCCUUGAACCGAGUAUAUUGUGCAUUAACUCCAUAAGGACACGUCUUCAUUAAGGAAGUCCGGGAACUUUCAUUCCAGCAAGACCGAAGACGUUACAGGUGUCUGAGAGGAGGUUUGAAAAUAAAUCUGUAAUAAAAGUAACAAGAUUUUUAGAGAGGGGAAGCAAAGACAAACAAGCCAUUGAAAGAGACAAUAGAUGAACUUUGCUCUUAAGUUAUAGACUGCUUUGCGGGAGCGAUCAGACAAGUUACAACUUGCAACAGAUAAGGAAAGUAACUGAAGCAACGUUUCAAUGGCUUACCGACUUUUUGAAGGGAAGGAACAUGCUUCCAUCUACCAACAGUAUCGUUUUACGCCUCCAACAGGGCUUAAGGACAUUAUCAUUCAGUACCUGGACAAAAAGAAAGGACAGCCCCACGUGCUUGCUGUAGAUCUAGGAUGUGGAACUGGUCAGCAUACUAGGUUACUGGCGCCACACUUCAAAGAAGUGGUCGGCAUCGAUAUCAGCGAGUGCCAACUAGAGGAGGCCCGGUCCGUGCCAGGGUUCACUAACAUCACAUAUCGUGAGGGGACAGCAGAAGAGCUUCCUUUUGAGGAUGGCACUGUAGACUUGUUGACAGCAGCUUCAGCGGCACAUUGGUUCGACCAGUCCAGGUUUCUUAUUGAGGCCAAUAGGGUCCUGAAACCUGGGGGCUGCAUGGCUCUGCUGGGCUUCACAGACUGGUACAUAAAAUUAAACUAUAAGGACUGCGGAGACAAACUAAACUGUAUCUACCAUGAGGUGAAGGAGUUGCUGAAGCCGUACACAAGCAGCGCAGUUGCUGCGUCAGAGAGUAAACUGGAAGACUUGUACUCUGCCAUCCCCUUUCCAGACAAGGAGAGGAUUGAGAGUUUUCUGAACAAAUCCAUGAUCUCUGUCAGAAAGUUGGUGGGUUUUAUUAGCAGUUGGUCCAUGUACAAUUCUUACAAGAGUAAAGACCCUCAAGGUGCUGAAGACAUGCUGGCCAACAUUCAGAAGCGGUUCCUGGAUGACAUGGGUGUCACUUCUGCUGACACUGAAAUAGAGCGGGAAUGGGAAUAUUACUGCAUCCUGGCUUCAAAGCCUCUGUAAUCAACAGCACAGCGUUGAAUACAUUCUACUAACCACUGGCAGUUUUUUCUAGAUGUUAUGAUUUAUAAUUCAUUGGUGCUAAGAACAAUCACAAUACGUACAGUUUUGCUCAUAGGUUUAAUACCUUGGGAAAAUUCCAGAUUUUUAGGGUAUUUUUUCAGAGAAUUUGAAUGAUAUACAAAAAUGUUUCUGUUGCACACAUUUAGUAUUUGGGUUAAGCUCUUUCAUAAUGAAUAAAUCAUAAUGAAAACAGAAACUAAAAUGACCCUGAUCAAAAGAUAUAACUGUGUGUGGUUCUUUAUGUUACCUGUUUAGGACUUUUUCUGGUACAUUCACUAAUCUUGUAAGACCCAUCGGCCUUAUGUGGACCAAAGUCUAGUCUUAAAGUAGCGGACCCCUUUUUUAGGGUUAGCGGUAAGGUUUAUAGGUAUGGUGGUUCAGAAAUAAAUAUGGUUACUGAAAUGAAUGGAAACAUAUCCAUGUUUUGUAGAGCAACUUUAAAAAGCGACACCAAAACAAAACAGAUGUAAACAAAUGUCUACAUGUAGCAUCCAGUCAGCCCAAACUCUGUCUAUAGUAUGAUAUGCAAGUCAGAGGAAUCUCUGUUGAUGAGAGUACAGCUGGUACACUAGGUUGUCGAAAUAUCAAAAAAGUAAUUAAACAUGUUUAAUCUCAAAUAUGGACACAGUCCUAUUUAAAAAAUUCUAAACACCAACACUGACUGUUUAAGUGGGUUAUAUUGUUGUAUAAUCGCUCGAUCCGGGGUUUGGCUAUGCCUGCUUAUAGUACUUUAUUCAAUGAAAGAAAUCCUAUCAAAUCUCUAUUCAGUUAUUAACUUUCCACUUUUUAUGAUUUAGAGUAUAAUACACACUUAAACGUUUAGUAGAGGGAAACUGAAAGAUUUUUUAAAACCUCAACAAAUAUGUUUGAAUCCAGUCGCUUUCUUCUGUGGUUUUGUUGCAGUCUUCACCUAAACUUUAAACUUGACUCCCUUACAUCUUUUCUUUCUUGACCAAUGCACCAUUUAGGUAGAUCAGACAUAGUUUAAUCAAUUGCUCUGUGGUUGCCUAAACAUAACCUGACAGUAAAAUGUAAAAAGUGAAUUCUCAUUGUAAUUUGCUGUUCUAUGGUUGAACGUGCUUUUACCAACUCCCUCACUUGCUACAUUGCCUUGUAAAAGUGUUGUUUGAACAUUUUUCACAUUUCAUCCAAAAAUGUUAAACCUCUUCAGAUAAUGUAACCUUUUGAUCCACUGCCAGUCGUAGUUUUUAAUGGUACAUUUCUACCAGCUUUGCUUGCUCUUGCUGCCAUCACCAUGUUUCACCAUAGUGAUGAUGUGUUCAGGGUUUUGUGCAGUAUUAGUUUUCUUCCAGACAUAGCGUUUUCGUGUAGGUUGAAAGGUUAAAUCUUGAUCUCAUUUGACUAGAACGCCUUUUUUUAUGUUUGCUGUGUUCGCUACAUGGCUUUUGUCAAACUUCAAAUGGGGCCAAAGGCGGCUUUCUUUCAAUGAUGGCUUUUGUCUUUCUUGCUUCUCUUCCAUAAAGGCCACAUUUUUGGACUGAUUCUAAUAUGAGUAUUCUGAAAAUAAACUGAAUUCCCCAUGUGA